GGACAGCUUACUAACGUUACCGAAACUUUCGAAUCGAGUAAACUAUUUAUAAAACAGUUUAAUCAAACGUAAACCGAUAAUAGCGAUAGGAACAACGAGUUGUUGUUUUACUCAGCGCGAGAGCUCGCCACGUGUGAUAGUGGAUAACACACCCGGAACUCGGCUAAUACAGUAAUAGCCAUGGCGCGACUCAGGCAUCGGUUGCAUGCGGUUGUUGCGGUCAUUUUGACCCUCCCGGGCAAUUGCUGGGGGUCUGAGGGCGCGUGCAGGCAGACCGACGAGGGGGUGAAGUGUGAUAGUGAGGAGGGGUACCGACUCACCCGUCUGGACGGAGGCAAGGUGGGGGACAUCAAGGAGGUGAAACUAGAUGGCAGGACGGUGACCUUGAAGACUCUCAGUUUGAAACCAUUGUUAUUUGAGAUCCCUGACUUCUUGACGGCGGAGGAAUGUGACCAUUUCGUGUCCCUGGCAAAGUCUGAGGGGCUGGAGAACAGUCAGACCACCACUGGGGGUGGGGCGGCACCCCCUCGCUUCCAGAUCCUUGACAGCAAUGGGGACAAAAAAUUAACAGUUGAUGAAAUGCGGCUUACAAUUGAGAAUGGUUUUGACAUAUAUCCUGACAAUGAAGAUGUACUGCAGUUUUACGCCGAUACCCAACUGGAUGGCAAUGGUGAUGGUGUGAUCACACCAGAUGAGAUGGAGGCUUUGACCCCUGAUGGGAUGCAGAAAUAUUUGUCAGAUUUCGUCAAGAAACAACCUGAAAAACACUCUCGCUUCAGCAACCAGGUCUGGCUGUACCCAGAUAAAUCAUCAGACGCAGUGUUCAAAACAGUACAGAAGAGAGUCUCCAUGGUGACAGAACUUCCUGUAGAGCUGGUCCGUAUGAGUGACUUUCAGGUUGUUCAGUAUGAUGUCAAAGGUCACUACAAUGCACACUAUGACUCCUCGAGACUGAGCUCCACUGUGCCGUGCUGUAAGCGGUUUGAUAGGAAGAAGUGCCGGAUAUGCAGAUACAUGACAGUUCUGUUUUAUCUCAAUGAUGUGGAGGAGGGAGGAGAAACAGCCUUCCUUGUUGCUGACAAUGAAACUGUUCAUGAUAAUGUAAUGAGGGAGAGCAAUCAGGUGAACCUCUACCGUCGUUGUGCAGACGCACGUCUGACUGUCAGACCGGGCAAGGGCAAGGCCGUCAUGUGGUACAACCAUUUUGUGAAGGAGGAGAACCAGUGGUUAGGGGAACAGGAUGACUUUGGUAUACAUGGCGGCUGCGCGGUCGUGUCUGGGGAAAAGUGGAUCGGCAACUUCUGGAUAAAAGUAACAGAUGAUAAGGAAGAGGAUAUAAAAAGAAUGUUGAAACUCAAGUAUUAAAUGUAUAAAAGAAAUAUUUUUUUAAAAGAUGACACUUUGAAAAUAAUUGCAUUGUUCUUCAAACAGUACUGACAUUUGUAGUUUUGCCUUGAUGCGAAUAGCUGCAAGAUUGCUGAUGCUGUGGUAAGCUUUGGUUUGUUUGUUGUUUAGCACUGGAGCAAUAUUCCAGCUAUAUGAUGGCAAUCUGUAAAUAAAGCAAAAUAUUCUGAUAAUUUGGAGAAAAAAGACAAAGCCAGGAAUUUAGAUAUAUUUUUGACCUCGUUCCAUGCAUUGUCACAUAUAGAAUCAAUAAGUCAUGGAGAAAUCAUGAGAAUCUAUUUCUGUCAUUAGUAGCAUCAACAGAUUUGAGUGAUUUCUCUGACUUAAACCAUGUUAUGGUUGAUAUAUAAUUGCCCUAUAAUUUUGCAUAAUGACCAAUAAUUGUGUCAGUUUUACUGUUGCAUGUUCAGAGUGGCCUGUGAAUUCCUGCUUCAGAGUCAACUGCAACAACACAAGCAUGGCAUCAUUAUAAUUGUUUAAUAAUUAGUGGUGAUGGGAAGAUUUUGAGCAGAUAAGGUAUUAAAAUGCAAUGCAAAUGAUUUAUUUUUUAUCAACAUCAUACUAGUCAAUCAUAACAGUUAUUUACCAUUUGGGGGAAAUUACUAAUCCUAAAUAUUCCUAUGUGCCUCAGUUAGGGUCUGGGUUUUCUGUACACCUUUAUUCUUUAUACUCAUUAACCUUACAAAUUGUAUCUGAUGACCAACUGGAUGUUUGAGACUCAAUGACUUGUUGCUCUCAGGUUUCUUUGGGGUUUUGGUUGUCUAGGUGACCUUGGCAAGACAAACCAGUGAUCGACAUUAUGAGUACCGUAAUCAAGUCACCUAGCCUUACAGCACGAACCAAUCUAGUCACCUUGUACAACAAGCAGUACUGCUGGGGAUUUCACUGUUCCCGCCUUUCGACAUACAUGUAUGUAAUCUAAACUAGUCUUAGUUGAAUUUGGCGGCUCACCAGUCAAACAAGGCCCUCCAGCAGUCUUGAGUGUUAGACUCCCUCACAACUAAGGCCUUAUGUUUAUUAUAGUUGGUUUACAGCAGUAUUGUUUAAAGUGUUAGACCCCUCAAAGGUGAGGCCUUUAAUUUCAUAUUUGAUUAACAAAGUUGAACUACAAAGAAAAUUGAGAUUAGAUUGAUUGGUUGGUUGGUUUGUUGUUUAACGCUGCGCUCAGCAAUAUUACAGCUAUAUGACGGCGGUCUGUAAAUAAUCGAGUCUGGACCAGACAAUCCAGUGAUUAAUAUCAUGAGCAUCCA